AUGGUUUAUCUGGCCUUACUGAAUAUGCGUAUGGUUGACCUAUGCGUGACGAUAUUGGUUGCUCUUAUUUAUUCCCGAAUGAUCCUCCAGCUAUUCUAUGGGUUCAUAGGAUUGAUAUUUGGCAUUUUAACACUAAUCGUUAUUUCCAACUACAUACCUUUGGAACAGUUUGAUGAAAUUGAGUUUAGCCGGAAGAGAGUGCAUAAAACUGCUUUUUCUAAAAGAAAAAAUUGGUCUUCUAAAUUGAAUCAACUUAAGGAGGACGCCACUAUUGCUAGUGAUGAUCAGCAGAUUUACCCAGAAAAUUUUGUUAUCAAUGAUACGCUAAACAAUCUGAUUACAUUGAUAAUACGUGAUUUCGUUGAUCUUUGGUAUAAGAGGGUAUCAGGGGACAAGCUAUUCCAAUCCUCAUUAUUUCAUGAACUAAGCUACGUUACAAAACAGUUAAAGGAGCGUCUUGUGGAAGUCGACUUCUCUGAUUUAACUAUUCAUACACUUAUACCACUACUGAAUGAUCACAUUGAGAAAAUUAUGGUGGCCCAUGAAGUAACAAGGGUAUCAAAAAUUGAAGGUAAGAUAUUGCAAAAGAUAAAAACAACGGCCGAUGAUUAUGUUCUUGCGUCACAUUAUAAUCGAGGUAAGUUGCAUCAAGGCAUCAAACUGAGAUCCGAUGACCCUGAAAAAGACUUGAAAAAAUAUCUGAAUAGAUUGGCGUCAAAGAUGCUUCCUCAUCUUUUAGAAGAGGAGGAGGUCAAUUCUGCUCCAAUAAGGAUUUUAGUAGGAGAGAUUCUUUCCUCAUUCGUGUUGUUACCGGUUUGCAUGAUGCUUUCUGAGCCAGAAUUUUACAAUGAGUUACUUGUGUCGGUACUAAACAGACAAAUGAAAGAUAGAAUUGACGUAAAGCGAUUUAGAAAUGUGUUAAGAAAACAUUCAACGACAUUUGAUACCGGGAGACAGAUAAAUCAUCCUUUUUUGGAGAUAAUGCCUUACCAUUUGAGUCUUAGUACAUCUAAAACCGAAUUUGAGUUACUACACAAUAUAGUGGAAAAAACUAAUGAUAGAGACACGCUUUUGAAGUUCAAGUAUUUUAUGAUUUUGCAGCAUGAAAAGAUCUUGGAACCGGUAAAAGAAGCUUCAAGUGAUCCAAAGUUGCAACAAAAGUAUAUUAAACGAUUCGAUAUGCUCAUUGGAAUGAUAAACAAUAAGCUCAGCAAAAUAAUGCAAGAGCAACUACCUAAAGUAGCUUCUGAAGGUAAUCUAAGUGAAUUCAACCAACAAAUUACAGGACUUCCAACUAUUCAGAAAGAGUUUGAAUUUCAUGAGAUAUUGUUGUCCUCUACAAAGCUUGAUUUUUUUAAGGAAUUCAUGAAGAGUCGAGGCGACAGAUAUCUCAUACUUCAGUUCUGGGUCGAAGCUAAUGAUUUGAGAAAUCCACUAGAGUAUGUAAACUAUAGUUAUGAUGCGCCAGAAAAUAUAGAGAGCCAGCCGGUUAGUAAUAAAAUCAAGCCCAAUGAAGAAGACAAUGCAGAAGAUAAUUAUGAAACAAACACACUUUUCUUUGACAAACAACUCUCUCAGGCAGAGGAUAUUGAAAGAAUUUAUAAUGAAUAUUUUAGUUUUUCGGUAAUGAAAAUACCACCACAAGUACAUUUGGUAGUGGAAAGGUUUGUGAAGAGUGAAUUUGCUGAUGUUUUGCUAUAUCAUAGAGCAAGGAAAAAUAUUUUUAAACUCCAGGAAUUUGAGUAUUUUCGGAUGAUGAAAAGCGAUUUUGUUGCCUUCAAAACCUCACCCAUGUGGACUAAAAUGAUAAUCGAAGAAGCUGUGAAUAGAAACAAGACUACGAUUUCAAAGAUCGAAGCCAUAUCAUUACAUGAUUUUGUAAGCAAUGAUAAACUUGCCAGUUUAAUUGAAAGUGGCAGUGUCGACGAUGAAAAUUAUGGAGACCCUUUGGAAAAAUAUUCCGAAAGAGAGGGAAACGGCAAUUAUGUCGAUGUAAACGUUAGUGGGAAAGUUAGUAAUAAGGUAAUCAAAGCUGUUGAGGAUGCUUUGAAUGAAAUCACGACCGCUUCUGCAUUCAAAUCCCAGCUUGACUAUGUAAACAAUGAAAAGAAGAAUUCACGUCUUGUCAGUGACGACGUUGCUAAGGAUUUGUUUGGAUCAGAUGACAGAGACAAUGACUUGUUUGGAAGUAAUAGUCUUCCUCCCUUAAAUGAUACCGAAGAUGAUCUAGUACCUUCAAUUGAUGAUGCAGCUUCUACAGCUAGCGAGUCCACUGAUCAAAUGGAAUCCAGUGAUUUGCAGGAAGUACCUGAUGAUUUAAAUCUAAGUGAACAAAUAGCUAAACUUAACGUUGAAGUUGAGAGAUUAGAGCAGCAAAAAUCAAUUAUCAAUACUUUGUUACAGAAAGCAGAAAUAAUCAACAACGUUCCAGAACUGAAAAUUUUGAAGAAAUCUUUUAUAAGUUUGGAAAAAGAAUUGAAGCUAAAAGUGAUGCAGAAAGAACAAUACGUCGUGCAAGAAGGAAAAAACUCAUUAUACCAGAAGUCAGCGGUUGAUAUUCUCAACGUAAUUUCCACAAAGGAUAAAAAUGGGAAAAGUUUUACUAUGUAUGUUAUAAAGGUCGUUAAGUUUACAGAUAGUGAUUUGUCUAGAAUUGCAGCAUCAUGGAUGGUUACGAGAAGGUAUAGCCAAUUCUACUUUUUACAUAACUACCUUAAGAAAACAUACCCUGAAGUUAGCGAUAUCGAGUUCCCAAAGAAAAGGCUUGUUGUUAAAUUCAUGCAAAAUCCUUUAAUCGAAGAGCGUCAAAUGAAACUAAGAGCAUAUUUGCAAGAACUUAUCAAGAACAAGAAUGUGUGUACAGACAGUGUAUUCCGCAACUUCUUAUCCAGUGAAAUUUUUUCAGCUUCACAUUCCACCAACACAAGUACCAUAAGGCCUCCCAAAUCAGAUACAUCAGGCACCAAACUAUACAACGUGGUAUCCACACAAGCACUAUACCCUUUACUUUCUUUGAUAAAUCAAAAAGGCAUUAUUGAUUACCAACUGAGUGGGUUUGAGAAGAACCUGUUUUUUUCCGAUACUCAUGAAAUCGGUGUUGAUCAAGAAGUGAAAACGAAAGAUAUUUCAUUUUUCAAGCCCAUUGGAGAUCUAAUUGUCACAAUAUUUCACCUUAACAAUUCUACGAGCUGGUUAAGAGGCAAAGCAUUGGUUCUUCUCUUUCAGCAGGUAUUUGGCUCAACAGUAGAAAAGGUCGUUCGCUCAAAUAUUGAUGGUAAAUUAAAGCAGGAGGAAACAGUGUCAGAUUUAUUGACUACGCUCCAGGAUAAGUUGUGGCCCAAUGGUACUUUCAGAGAAAGAUCUAAGCCACGAUCAUCAAUUGAUAAAGAAAGACACAAACAACAAGUAAGAUAUCUACUACAUGCGUUUCUCAGAGACACAUCGGCGAAAAUCUUUGGCCAAACAGCAGCUAAGGAAGCUGCAGAAACUAUUUUUCUUUCAUUUCAAAAUGAGUUACUAAACCGUCAUUUAAUAUUAUCAAUACUUGAUGAGAUUAUGCUUAAGAUAUUCCCAGAACUUACAAGCACAGACUAG